AUGACUGUCCCUGUUCAGGAAAUCGAGACUGAUCGCUUAGACAAAUUAUGGAAAUACCUUGGUCUUCGCAAACUACUAGCGUGGCAGGAUAAUAUCUUUUUAUCACAGAUUACCACUGGAUACGAUGAAAGCGUGGUCCGAAGUUUCCAGUCUAUGAAACCCCGGGUUAAAGAUAUGGAGAACCCCGAUCCGUCUAAAAUCAAACUCAUCGCAGCUAUUCACUUCGUUGGGGGCUUUGUUGGUGCCUUGGUUGCCUCACCCACGUUUAACGUACUUUGGUAUGUAGGCUCCAUCAUCGCGGCAUGGGCAACGUUCGGCACUGGAUACAUGUCUACCAGCUGGUCCUGGCCUAUACUAUCCCUCAUCCAGGGGGUUCCUGCAAUCUUCGUCAUGCUAUCCGUUCUCUAUGGUCUACCCAAAAGUCCACAAUGGCUUGCAAAGUACCACGGUGACUUGCAUUCGGCUCUUGUGAUCCAUGAGAUGGAAGAGAUACAUGCCUUAUUGGGGGCUGAAGCAGCCGCCCAAAAGAGUGGACAAAAUGGCUGGAGCAUUCUCUACCGAUCGCUAGCAAAUAUGAAACGAAUUACCCUGGUGGGUACUGUUACCCUCUUGACGCUCUGA